GGAGCAUUUAUACGAAUAGAUGCAGAAGGAGAACAAAAGUACUUCCAAUUCGAAGCUACACCUCAUCCGCCAAUGAAACCGAUGGCAUACGCACAAGGCGGUCUGGCAAGCUUGAUGAUGUAGAUCUUCGUGAUGAAUCUCGCAUGCUGGCAUUUAGGUGUACUUAUUAGAUGUUGUAAUGGGCAAGGGCGCGUGGGAAUCUUACUACCUGUAGUUACCAGUCGCCAGUUACGCUUAAGUAUCAUAUUUAACUCUUCUACUUGGUGACUUUAAGACUUGUGAAGUGCAAUGGACAAGACAAAAUCAAGACUGGCCGCGUUCUUCGACGACGACGAAGAUUCCUCGUUCCCACAAAAGACCGUCGACGACAUGAAGUUAUCGCAAUACGCGCAAGGCACUGUUCGCAAGUCCCGCCGAGAAAAGGAGAAGGAGGCUGCCGAUGCAAAAAAACGAGAGGAGGAAGAGAGUGCUGCAAAGGCAUAUGCUGAUUUCAUUGAUGCGUUUGAGGGGGAAAGUGUAGACAAGCGGAAGGCUGGUUCAGGAUUCGUUCGCGCAUCGGACGGUACGAAAGUGUCUUACCAACCGCCAGUCAGAGGUUCUGCGGAGUCUUCGUCACGCACCAGGCCAGUUUUAUCCAAUGAAGAUGACUCCACUGCAUCAAGUAAUGCUCCGAAACCGAAAGGUAAACGAGCCAUGGACUCAUUUCUUGAAGAGAUCAAGAGGGAGCAAGCUAUGCGAGAGGCCAGGUAUUCCCGUUCUGCCCAUGGACGGUCAGUGACUGCUUUAGCAGCAUAUGAAGGGCAGAGUGGUAGCAAAGACCGCGGUGAUCCUGAGACUUCCAAUCUUUUUGUGGCCAAUUUACCCUCUAGUGUUACCGAGCAAUCUCUUGGGACAUUUUUUGCCCGUCAUGGUCCCGUUGGUUCGGUAAAAAUCAUGUGGCCACGAGGAGAUGUUGUUUCUGGUCCUGGUGGUGACAUGACUGCUUCACGCCGCAACAGAAAUGCCGGGUUAAGCGGCUUCGUGUCCUUUAUGAAGCGUAAAGAUGCAGAAGCUGCUCUGAGGGAGGUCGAUGGCCUUGAUUGGGGGGGCUCGGUUCUUCGUGUGGGAUGGAGCAAAGCUGUGCCUAUGGCUGCAAAGGCUCUUUAUGUACCGAGCAAGACAUCCAGGUCGAGGUCGAGAUCGAGAUCGCGUGGACAGGAACGUAGGGGGAGGAGCAGGUCACAUUCGCCAAGGCGUCACUCACGGUCUCGCUCUACGGGACGCUAUCGGUCCUCUAGACGUUCUCGUAGUCGUUCCCCAGAUGAUAGUCGCUCACCCCGGCGGCGGCACUCAUACAGUCGUUCACGCUAUGACAGCCGCAGUCCACGCAGGCGGUCGCCCAGCCCCUCGAGAAGGUACGACUCGGAAGAUGAGGCCGCUGCUGUCACCGACACAUUUAUUCGUGCUGUGGCCGCUGAGGUCAAAGGCCAUGGACCCGAGUACGAAGAGAAUCUCCGUGAAUGGGAAAGGAACAACCCCAGGUACUCUUUCAUGACGCAGCGCAAGCACCGGCGGCACGCAUUCUACAAAGGUCUAGUCGAGCGAGACGAUUUUACAGGCGCAGAAUUUGAUGACGAGGGAUAUAAUUCGACUUACUCGACCGAUUCUGCGGAAGAGUCAGAGCAAGAGCGAACUCGCAAAGCUGUUCUAGGCAAGCUAGCUCGCAAACGGUUCGAGGCAAUGCUUCGCGGUGUUACUGGCAAGAGAGGCGAGCUCGCUCGCUGUAUGACAUUUAGUUUGGAGCACGCGGAAGCCGCUCGUGAGGUAUCUGAUAUAAUUAUCUCUUCACUCUUGGUGGAUGGGACGCCUGUGCCGCGCAAGAUUGCUCGGUUGCAUCUCAUCUGUGACAUUUUGCACAACUCAGCAGCCCCAGUACCAAGCGCAUGGAAGUUUCGCCAGGAAUUCCAGUCUCGCUUGGGAGUAGUGUUCGAUCAUUUCGCCACCAUUUAUCACUCUUUUCCUGGUCGGAUCACCGCGGAAACGUUCAAGAACCAGAUCACUGCAGUAGUCGACAUCUGGGAGGACUGGAUUGUCUUUCCUCCAGACUUUACUGCGGAACUGCGUGCUAGGCUGGACGGCGCCACGCAGGCUGAUUUGAACCAGCCAAAGGCAGAGGACGUUGGCAUUGCUGCAGCUGAGGCGCAAUCUUCAUAUGUUUCCAAGUUCAAAGCGAAGUCUUUCCAGCCUGCACAGGAUGUGGCAGCCCCUGGUUCUGCAGACGACACCGAUGAUCUCGACGGCGCACCGAUCGAAGAUAUGGAUGUGGAUGGAGAGCCAAUAGAUGUAGAUGUGGAUGGUGCACCCCUUGAUGAUGACGUUGACGGUGUUCCCCUGGAUCAUAGCGAGGACCCUGACGUCGACGGCGAGCCGAUGGAAGACCUGGACGGAAUGUCUAUGGAUGCAGAUGAUGUCGAUGGUGUCCCUCUUUGAUGGAUUGAAUAUUUCAAUAUCCGCCCGAUUGUAUUGCAGAGAAUAGUGUGACUAGAUAGUGUGUGGUCCGGUCCGCUAAUGAUUUUCAAGACAACAGUAUGAAGUACAC